AUGGAGACGCAAGUUCCAUCGCCUGCGGUGAGCGCCAACGACAGCGCCAAGACCUUCUCGUGCCUCGUUUGCCGCCAGCGCAAGGUCCGGUGCGACCAUGCCCAGCCAUGCAGCAACUGCAAGCGCGCCAAAAUUGACUGCGAGUAUGUCGCGCCGAUGCGAGGAAAACGCAAGAGGUCGCAGCCGUCGCAGCCGUCGCGUGAGACGAUGCACGCCAAGCUGCGGCGCUACGAGGACAUGCUCAAGACGCGAGGCGUCGACGUCGCUGAGCACACGAGUACGGCGCCUGCUACAUGCGAAGACGCCUUGUCCGAGAGCAAUGAGACGACCAAGUCGCCGACCAGUUCUUCGCUGCCUACUCCAAGAGAUGAGGCUGCUUCGCCGAUGGGUUUCCGCUACGGGCUGGUCAAGACGCCAAGGUCUGGCCCGAGAUUGAUUAGCAAGGAGGGCAAUUCGCGAUAUUAUGAAACCACUCUUUGGACGGACAUUAACGACGAUGCAACUCAGUUUCGCCAUCCUGAUGAGUUUGUGCCUGCCGGUGAUGACGAUGAAGAGCACGAAGCCGAUCUUUUCCUAGGCUCGGGCUCUCCAAGUAGCAGCUUCAUGGGCCAGCUUGGCGACUGGCAUCCUACAACGCAGUGCCUGUACGCACUCAGGGACAUUUACGUUGACCGAAUCGACCCGCUCAUGAAGAUUAUGCACAUGCCUACGUUCUGGGCCUUGGUACGGCAGGCGGCAGAGCGCAAGGAAGAGGUAUCAAAACCUAUCGAGGCAGCGGUAUUCUGCUUUUAUUUUGGGACCAUGAGCGUCAUGGAAGAACAAGAUUGUGAGAGACUGUUCAAGCAAGGCAAAAAAGCAGUACUCGCCAAGUAUAGAGCCAUUGCACGGCAUACGCUAAAGCGAGCUGGAUUGCUCAGUACAUCUAGUCCGAUGACUUUGAGGGCUUUUUGUCUUUUCAUGCUGGGACUGCGCGGCACGAUACGGUACGAGUCACAAUAUAUCCUCUGCGGAAUUGCCCUCCGACUAGCCCAAAAGAUGGGCUUGCAUCGCAAUGGAACAUCUCUUGGCCUGUCUCUUUUUGAGACAGAAAUGCGAAGACGUCUGUGGUGGCACAUUGCACACCUGGAAUUUCGCACUGCCGACUUGCUCGGCGCCAAGCCUUCGCUGGAUAUUCACUUGGGCGACGCAGGAUUGCCUUGGAACGUUGAGGAUGAAGAUCUUGAACCCUCAAUGACAAAAGUACCAAAGGAUCGUCAUGCUAUUACAUCCAUCACCAUGUGCAUUGUUCGCUGCGACCUCGCUCAAUCGCUGCAACGACUAUCAGGCACCUCGACAUUCGUCGCUUCAUGGGGCGACAUUGGCACCAGCUCCAAUGUAGCUUCCGCUGACAAGGAUGCUCUCAUUGAUGAGAUUGAAGACAAGUUUGAGACAAAAUAUGUUCGCUACUGUGAUCCGUCGCGACCGCUCGACAUGCUGGUAACAGCCAUGAUACGUGCCGCAGUCUGCAACACACGUCUCUUUGCGCACAACCCACGACGAUUUGCAGACUCUGGCGGGCAAGUCACAGAGGCGGAGCGCAACGUGGCAUUCCAUAAUGCCUCAAAGCUGCUCGAGUACGCGUCCAUGGUGGGCGAGAACCCGAGCCUCCGCAAGUUUGAGUGGCGCCUCAACUCGACGUACCUAUGGGACAAGAUUCUCUUUGUGCUGAUAGAGGCGCGCCGCAAAAAGCCGGGCACCGACGUGGACAGGAUAUGGGAGCUCAUUGGUCGUGUAUUCUCGCAGUACCCCGAUGCAUUCGGACAGUCCUCGGCAAAGGCAGUAUACAAGGCCCUCAGCAAGUGGACGUUGGAGGUCUGGGACGGCCAUGUCGCGGCGAAACAGGCACAAGGGAUGCCGGAUCCAGAGGAGCCAGCUUAUGUCAGGGCAAUGAGAGAAAAGAGAGACGCCGCGGUGGAGGGAGCAGAAGUGAACGUCGAGGAAACGGAAACCGUGACUGUGACCGCGAAUACGUCGAUGGAGGCAGCUCAUGAUGAUGCAAAGGCUGUUGAGGCGCCCGAGGUUGGGGGAUUCGGCGAGUUCUCGGACCUCGGGUCGUUUGAACUGAAUUUGGACGAGUGGGUGAAUUGGGAGCAAUUGGUCUCUGAACACAGCGGUUUCUACCAUGCAGAAGGGUACUGA